ACACAGACGUUAUUUCAUUUUGUCCAUCAACAUGACAUACUGUGCAUUAAACCAAUGUGAAUCUCCAGCAUUCGCAUGAGGCUUCCGCCCCCUCUGCUAUCUCAAGUUUUUUUGUUGAUUGAUUGAAACAGAUGAUAACGCUGCCAUAGCUUGCUUUACCGAACUUGGUACGACACCGGUUUAGGCAUGCCUCUGGCUCGCAGCCUGUCCAUCACCUCCCUGUCGGGGUUGGAGGAGUGGGAUGAGGAGUUUGACCUGGAGGAUGCUGUCCUCUUCGAGAUCGCAUGGGAGGUGGCCAACAAAGUUGGUGGGAUUUACACAGUGAUCCAGACCAAAGCCCGUCUGACGGCAGAGGAAUGGGGAGAAAACUAUUUCCUGGUUGGUCCGUACGUGGAGAGUAACGUCCGUACCCAGGUGGAGCUGAUUGAGCCCACCAACCCUGCCCUUAAGAGAGCCAUAGACAAGAUGAAUUCCAGUGGAUGUAAGGUGUACUUUGGUCGUUGGCUGAUUGAGGGCAGUCCAUACGUGGUGCUGAUAGAUGUGGCGUUUACUGCGUGGAACCUGGAUAAGUGGAAAAAAGAGUUGUGGGACAACUUCUCUAUCGGGGUGCCCUGGUUCGACCGCGAGGCCAACGAUGCCGUCCUCUUUGGCUUCUUGACCGCCUGGUUACUAGGAGAGUAUGCAGCGCAGUGUGAGGAGCCUCCCCAUAUCCUGGCCCAUUUCCAUGAGUGGCUGGCAGGCCUGGGCUUGGCGCUGUGUAGACAAAGACAGUUGCCCGUGGCAACCAUCUUCACCACCCACGCCACCCUGCUGGGACGCUACCUGUGUGCCGGCAGCGUGGACUUCUACAACAACCUCGCCGAUUUCAACGUGGAUAAGGAGGCGGGGGAUAGACAGAUCUACCAUCGGUAUUGUCUGGAGAGGACAGCGGCACGCUGCGCUCAUGUUUUCACCACCGUCUCUCAGAUCACAGCCGUUGAGGCAGAGCACCUGCUCAAGAGGAAACCAGACAUAAUCACCCCUAACGGGCUGAACGUGAAGAAGUUCUCUGCCAUGCAUGAGUUCCAGAACCUGCACGCCCAGAGCAAGAACCGUAUCCAGGAGUUCAUCAGAGGUCACUUCUAUGGGCACCUGGACUUCAACCUGGACAAGUGUCUGUUCCUGUUCAUCGCUGGGAGGUAUGAGUUCAGCAACAAAGGAGCUGAUAUCUUCUUGGAGGCUUUGGCCAGACUCAACUAUCUACUGAGAGUCAACCACAGCGACGUGACUGUCGUUGCGUUCUUCAUCAUGCCUGCGCGGACCAACAACUUCAACGUGGAGACGCUGAAAGGCCAAGCAGUCAGGAAGCAGCUCUGGGAUACCGCUCAAACAGUGAAGGAACGCUUCGGAAAGAAACUAUAUGAAUCACUGCUGGUUGGGCAGUUGCCGGACGUGUCCAAGAUGCUGAGUAAGGACGACUUCACCAUGAUGAAGCGUGCCAUCUUUGCCACCCAGAGGCAGUGCCAGCCUCCCAUCUGUACCCACAACAUGCUGGAGGACAGCAACGACCCCAUCCUCACUUGCAUUCGCCGCAUCGGCCUGUUCAACAGCUCUGCCGACCGCGUCAAGGUGAUCUUCCACCCAGAGUUCCUGUCCUCCACCUCUCCCCUCCUGCCGAUGGAUUAUGAAGAGUUUGUAAGAGGCUGCCAUCUUGGAGUGUUCCCCUCUUACUAUGAACCGUGGGGAUAUACACCAGCUGAGUGUACAGUCAUGGGGAUCCCCUCAAUCUCUACCAACCUCUCUGGGUUUGGCUGCUUCAUGGAGGAACACAUAGCUGAUCCCUCAGCAUACGGAAUCUACAUCCUUGAUCGACGGUACAGAGGGGUUGAUGAGUCAUGUAACCAGCUCACGUCGUACCUGUUCCAGUUCUGUCAGCAGAGCCGGCGCGCCAGGAUCAUCCAGCGGAACCGCACCGAGCGCCUGAGUGACCUUCUGGACUGGAGAUACCUGGGCAGGUAUUACAUAUCAGCUCGUCACAUGGCCCUGGCUAAAGCCUUCCCAGAUACCUACUUCUACCAACCUCAUGACUCUGACACUGCCCAAGGUUUCCGUUACCCUAGACCGGCCUCUGUGCCCCCAUCUCCGUCUCUGUCGCGCCACUCCUCCCCCCGCCAGAGCGAGGCGGAAGAAGAUGAUGACCGCUAUGAUGAAGAUGCAGAGGCAGAGAAAGACCGAUUGAACAUCCGCCAGCCCUUGACCCUGCCCAGUAAAAAGGGUCCCGCCUUGCCUUACACCCUGCCAGGUGCCAAUGGAGAGAAGAACGGAGCCACCGGUGUGAAAAACUGACUGUCUCACACACACAACAUACACAAACGGACAUAUGCUGAUACUCACUACACACACGUUACAAACACGGCACUCUUAUCUUGACCGUCUCCACUUCCAUAAUAUAGAUCUGACAACUGCUGAAGAGAUGAGCUCUUUACAGUGUGUUAUUCAUCCAGCAGCCGGAACGUCUUCCUAACCUACAUGCAGCUCCGCCUCUGUGGGUAUCCUGUACUGACAUGGAGGAGGAGAGGGAAAGGAUGGCUAGCCGGGUGAUGUUUCCUUGAGUUAAAGAGCCCAGCUUUGAGAUAACAAAGGGGGAUAACUUGGAGUAUAUAGGAGGGUUACCUCUGGUCAGUAAUCUAGGUUACCUCUGGUCAGUAAUCUAGGUUACCUCUGGUCAGUAAUCUAGGUUACCUCUGGUCAGUAAUCUAGGUUACCUCUGGUCAGUAAUCUAGGUUACCUCUGGUCAGUAAUCUAGGUUACCUCUGGUCAGUAAUCUAGGUUACCUCUGGUCCACAGGAGGCUGCUGAGGGAGGAACAGCUGGAAUAAUGGCUAAAACCAUGUGUUUGAUACCAUUCCAGGUAUUCUGCUCCAGCCAUUACCACGAGCCCGUCCUUCCCAAUUAAGGUGCCACCAACCUCCUGUGCUCUGGUCCUUAAUCUAGGAAUUUAUGAAAUCCUUGCCAGUGUUGACUAACAUGAGUUGUAACUGAGGCUAAGAUCAACCAUAUAACCAGUGGUAUCAUCAGGAUAAAAAAAAAACUAGGGCUAAUUAGUCUUGCUAACAAGGGCAAAGGCAUUGGCCCACUAUGUCAUAGUCACACAACCAACCCAACAGCAGCAAUUUUCCUGUUCAGACACUGAAGCAGUAACAGCAACCUGUUUAAACAGCAGCAGCACUUUUCCUGUCACACUGUAGCAGUAACAGCAACCCAACCAACAGCAGCACUUCCCUGGGCUAGGAAACCAAUAAGCAACACAUUUAGAGCUGGGCCCAUAGAGUUAGACUAGAUAGAUAGAUGUACUGUAUGUAGCCCGUUUUCUGCAUGGACAUUGCCAUUGAGGGCUUCUACCACAGAUACUAAGAUGAGUCCUCUUUCUAACUCUAUGGCUGAGCCUCAGAACGUCCUGCCGAAGAGCCUCCUGCUGAAACAGGCUCCCAUUUGUUCAUAGAUUCAGACCUUUCUGUGGGCGUUGUCAUCGUCUCUGGGCCUUGUACUGUAUUAGAACCGGCAUUACUGUGUGUAAAAACUGUUGAUUGGUCACCUUUUAACCUUUCAGUCAGUGAGCCUGUGUUUGAGUGUUUUUCUUUGUGUGUGUGUGAAUGUAUUUGUGAUGGAACACGGAUUCUGCCUGCACUCUGAGGUUUAGGUAAAUAGGUGGGGCUUCCGUCCUGAAAAGCUAGAGGUGUUUUUAGACGACAGGCUGUAUUAGAGAGGAGCGAAGGGAAAAGGUCACAGGUUUGGGUGGAUCCUAUUCCCAGCUGUGCACAGCCAGAAACCAAGAUGAGUUGAUCCAGAUCCCACACUGCUGUGUCAGUUUGUUUGUUUGUUACAAUCACACACCAGAGGAAGAGAAAAUAAAGUAUAUUCUAUGUAUUAAUGAUGAAA